AUGGAAUUUGAGAAUUCCUGGUUUCAAGACUUGUCGAAGUCUAAUAAAGAAACCAUCAAGGCCCUUUCUAGGGAGGUCAAAAAGCAGAAUCAAAACUCCAUCAGUGACUAUUUGAAGUUCAGCUCCAUUUGGUGCGAUGGCUCCACCCUGUACCUUAUGAGCAACUCGAUCAACAUUCCCCGUUUCCGCUGUUCCCAUUUGCCCCAGCUCUUUUCCGCGGUCGCCGCCGCCUCUCCCAGCCACAAAGCGGUCUUCGUGAUCAACCCCAUCAACCACCCCGUUCUUCCGAGUUCCGAAUCGCGCGCAGUCGCUUCUCCGCCCCCCUCCUCCAACCCCUACCAUCGCCUCGAAGCCGCGUCUGUGCCGCAGCCCAGCGUGCUGACGACGCCUCUCUUCUCGAUUCUUCUCCCCGACCGCUCCUGCUUCCUCCCGGUGCUGAGCUUCGUGUCCAAGAAGGGCUUCCUCGACGUCCCCAUCCCCACGCUCCCCGACUUCGUCGUCGCCUUCCGCGCCGUUUUGCCCGAGCGCGAAGAGUAUUGCCGCAGCCUCCUCGCUCCGCUGCAGGAGCUGCGCGCCGCGCCGCAUCGCGCGGACUGGGCGCAGCGCCAGAACUGCCUGUUCUUCCGGGGCAACCCCAGCCACUUCGCGCUGCACGCGCUGGCCUUCCCGGGCACGGAGCGCAGCGUCCUGGUGGCGCCGCGGCACGGCGUGGCGGAGUUCGCCGAUGCGCAGCUGCGCGCAGCGCCGAGCGACCGAUUCGCGCGCUCGCUGCUCGACGAAAAGGGAGAGUUCGCGUUCGGCGCGAUGUUCGCGUCGCUGCUGCGCUGCCGCUUCGCGCUGUGGAAAUGGAGGUCGCUUUGGACGUAG